AUGUCCAGCAACUGCUGUUCCAGAAACUUCUCCUCCAGCUCUCUUGGGAGUGCCCUGUGCUACUCUGGAACUUCCUGUGGCUCCUCUUACCCCAGUAACCUGGUCUACACCACCGAAGUCUGCUCUCCCACCACCUACCAACUGGGAUCCUCUCUCUACCCGGGCUGUGGGGAGACCAUCUGUGAGCCCAUCAGACCUUGCCAGUCCUCCUGCUACCGCCCCAGGCCUUCCAUGUUCUGCAGUCCCUGCCAGUCAUCCUACACAGGGUCUCUGGGCUGUGGACCCAGCAGCAGCUGCUCCCUUGGCUAUGGAUCUGGAAGCUUCUACACAGUGGGCUGUGGAUCCAGCAGCUGCAGACCCUUGGCUUGUGGAGUCAGUGGCUUCCCUGCUCUGACCUCUGUCUCUGGCUUCUGCCGCCCUUCCUACUUGACAUCUGUGCCCUGCCAGUCUUCAUGUUAUAGACAACCCUGUGGAUCUGGCUGCUAA